UGUUUUCUGCAUGAUGUGAUGAUGAGGAAGUAGUUCAGGUACGAUAGACGGAACCAUGGACCAACAAGAGAAACGAGAGGAGCCACUGACGUUUGCAGACCUGGGAAUAACUGCAGCUCCGAAGCUAGAAGAAGGGGCAUUAGGCAAGAAAAGACCUCUGAAAGAUUUGGAGAAGAAAGAAAUAGCAUUUGCUGUGAUAUCAAUACUCAGUUCUUUAGGCGCCAUUGGCCUGGCAAUUCAACGAUUAGCCACCACCAGUAAUGGAAAUCCAGACUUCACAUUCGCCCUUGUCAUCAUUGUUAAUGCUGUUUUUUGUAUGUAUUACGUUUUCCACGGCCUUCUUGCGGAGCGACCCUACGAGAUCAUCGUCAUGGUGCUAGCGACCAUCGCUGUUACAAUUUAUGUCAUCGUUAAUUUUAUUCUUGGCCCAAAGAAGGAUGUCAAAAUUGCUAGAUUGGUACUCGUGUGUAUUUUGAGUCCUAUCAUCGUUGUUAUGGGGUUUAUUAUCGCCAAAGAGUACCACGAUUCCGGCAGACUGAUUUUCCGGAUGGUUGGUGCUGAUUCAACUCUUCAAGGAUUCUGUAAAAAUCUCUUUUUGUUCCUGGGUUUGCAGAAGUUUGAUCUACAAUUAAAUGUGACAAUGGUGCUGUUGAUUCUUCAGUCAGGGACUAAAGUGGACACAGAGGACAUCGUCAUCAUAUCUGUCGGAGUUCCGGUCACUAUCGCGUGUUUUGCUCUGGGUUAUCUCAGCGUUCGAUGGGAAAACAAAACGCUAGGCAUUGUUUAUGCAGUAUCGCUGUUUCUGGCACCAGCCUACAUAAUAUUCAAAGUGUACGAGUCUGCUGACGAUUUGGCGAAAACUUCAACUACACAAUUUCAAAACGGGACGACCCUAGAGGUCCCAACACGACAAAACGCUGCCCUCUCAGGAACAACAUUCACAUCCGCAGGAUUAGCUCUGUUAAUUCGAGUGUUGAUGGCGAUAUAUUUUGUAAAAGCAGUCCUGAAUUUUGGUUAUGGACUAAAAUACAAAGUAUACGGCGGGACGGAACCACCGAGUAAGGAGAAUGAGACACCACCUCAGGCAGCUCAACCAUAACGAUAAAACUGUAACACAACACGGGAGAGAAAAGGGGGGGGGGGUAAAAAGAACAUAUCAACUCCGGGGGAAGACGUUUUUGAAAUGCCAUACCCAUGUUGGUACUAUGUUGACAAAAAUGUUUCAUCAACUAGACUUGUAUGUUUUAAUCAUGUAGAAAAUAAUGAGUGCUAUAUUUUUAUUUAACUUUUUUUACUUGUUCUGUGGAGACUUUACAUAAACUGUGUCUUUUCAGUACAUAUCUUUCUUUUUUCAUUCAUCAUGCUGUUAGCUGUCUUAAUUAACCGGUGUUGUAUAAAAAUUGAUCACUGCUAUAUUAAUACCCGGUAUACUACGGAUGAUUUCCAAGUUUUCUGUGUUUCUUCAAAGGAUAGAAUUAUCAAAUUGUUUAGGUCACAUUAGUGACUUAGGCGUCCAAUUGCUAUCUGUUUUCGUCCGUCGUCAUGCGUCGUGAGACUACUUCUCAAGACCCAUUUGGCCAAUUUCAAUCAAACUUGCCGCAAAGUACCCUUGGGUAAAGGGGAUUCAAGUUUAUUUAAACGAAGGGCAGUGCCCUUUUCCAAGGGGAGGUAAUCAGGAAAAGGUGAAAAUAAGGAGGUGUCAUUUAAAAACUCCUUCUCAAGAACCACUGAGCAAGAAGAGUUGAAACUAAUUUGAAGCUUCCGACAUAGUGUAGGUUCAAGUUUGUUCAAAUCAUGGUCUCCAGGGGUAGGGUGGGGCCACAGAAAAGGACUCAGAGUUUACAUGAAAAUGUAUAGAAAAUCUUAAAAAAUCUUCUUCUCAAGAACAGCAGAGCUUUUUUAUAGUAUACUUAAUAUGGAAGCAUCUUUGGGUAGUACAGACUCAUGUUUGUUAAAAUUAUAUCCCCUGAGGAUGGGUUGGGGCCACAAUAAGGGAUGAAAUAUUUACAUUGGAAUAUAGGGAAAAUCUUUAAAAUUCAACUUCUUCAGAACAGCAGAGUCAUGAUAUGCCAGCAUCCUCAGGUAAUGCAUAUUCAGGUUUCUUGCAAACAUGGUCCUGAGGGAGGUUGAGGCCAUAAUUGGGGAUUUAUGUAGGCAUUUUUUGCAUGAGGAGGGGGUCGUAUAUUGAAAUUUGUUUUACAAUGUUCCUCAUUUCAUUUACUCCAUCUUCGCUAGCCAAGGGUUUCUGAUACGCUUCUCUCCUCAUAAGCCCUUGGCAUACGGUGUUAAAAAAAGUUGGGAUUUUUUUCACGAGUUGUGAUUGGAGUUGAUCGACAUCAUUCGACCAAUCAGAAAUUGUUUUUGUAAAUGACGAUAUUUGCGUUCGGGAUAUAUCUUGACUCUUUAAUAUCGGGAAUGAAAAACGCAAGCAAACAACGAUCCGUAAGAUAACAUGCCAUUCUAUGAAUAGUUAUAUGGUGUCAUCCAAUAUCUUAAGCUACGUGCAAAAUAUGUGAUUAAGAAUCUAUACUGAAGAUGUAGAUUUGCAUUUUAACAUGUUUAAAUAACAAAUUAACAUAAUUCAAUACCUUCUUGUUAAUUAUUCUUUAAAAACAUUAUAUUUUUAAAUACGCUUUUUAUUUCUGUCGAUGACGCAAUCUGUGCGAACCUGGUAAGAAUCGUGAUCACGUGACGAAAACAAUCCCGUCUUUUGUCAGCACCGUAUGCCAAGGGUUUAUGAGGAGAGUAGCGUAUCAGAAACCUUUGGCUAGCGAAGAUGCAUUUACUCAUGAAUUUAUAGGAGACAAGCUGCAUGAAUUUGUUGAUGAUUAAAGAAUUCUCGUCAAACUGCAAAAUGUAUAUGUGAUGUAAUACUAAGCCAGUUCCAGUUGGGCCCAAAGUGGUCCUAAACUGAAAAACCCAUGGUACUCAGGUGACAAUUAAGGCCCAUGGGCCUCUUUUUAUGAUUUAAAGCCUAUUUUAAACAAUGAUUUCAUUUUGUCAUGUGUUUGCGUGUAUUUUUAUAAUCAAUGAUUUGUGAAACAAAUUCAUACAAUGAAUAAAAUAUUUUUUUGACAUGAAAAA